AUGAAUCAACAGUGGGCAGCAAAGGCACAGGAAACUGCCUAUGCAGAGAGUCUGGAUACUACGGCUUUGCAAACGCCAAUUGCUGCACCUUCGAGGCCAAUACACUCAACACCAAGCUCUCAUUGCGUGCCAAUAGUUCGUCUGACCGGGCAUUUCUGCGUACAUCGUAAACCUCACACAGAUCAUGCCACAGCUACCUAUACACCGCGACCAGAAACUGCGCCGACGGCAGCGCAAAUGCAAGAAUUGCCAUCAUCCUCGCAUUCGCGACCGAGUCCCUACCACACGCAGGCCCCCAUCUGCAGGACAGCUCGGAAAGCACGCAAAGGCCGCAAUUUGAACGCCUAUGAAGCACGCAGGAAGCUUCAACACCACGCCACCGCCGCCAGCGUGAGCCCCCAAGCUAAGAAAAAACACACAUCACCGUAUACACAGUAUAUUCCAAACCCCCAUACCGCAGCGAACACCGCACCCACAUACAUUACACAUCGAGCACCGCAUCACAGACGCACUGUCACUUUACAAUCAGUUCUACGCGCGAGAUUCAGCUACAGCAUCCCGCUUGCAUUACCAUAA